AUGCUGGCGUCUGCUCUGUUCUCGAGGCACCUAGCCAUAGCAGGUCUUCCUUACCUAGUCCUCCUCUGCAUCAUUUCACUCGGCGAAAGCCUCGAGUUCCUACCGUCUGCGGGCCUGACUCGGCAGUUUGGACAAGUCGAACCCAUCAUCAAGCGCACAUGGGAAUCCGAACAAGGCCCUUUCUCUAACGGCCCACCGGACGAUUAUGUCGAAGGAAACGAGGCAGCUGAGGCCCACACAUUGACCAACGACAGCCCCGAGAGGAUCGGUGUUCCAGGGCUGGGCAAACCUCUGCCUCCCAUCACCUCCAUCGUUGCAUCUGUACUCGGAGCAAGUGCUGACGCAGGCCUCGUUCCUGGACUUCCAACGCCGCCAGUCAUUCCAGAGCCCGUCAUCCCAGUUCCAAUCGGUGCCUCUGGUGGCCUCUUCAGCUCUGUUAUUUCCAUCCUGGCCGGUGCGCCAAGUGCUGUCCCUACGAGCCCCGGCGGAAACGACGAACCUUUGGGUGGACUGCUGAGUGUAUUGUCUCAGGUCAGUCCCGUGCCGGUUAGCCUCAGCAUCACAGGCGUCCCAGUUGUUCCGACACAGUCCGGAGGGCUUCUCCCAGCUUUUAAUGUACUAGAUGGUGUCGCCGCAGCCCUUGACGACGUACUCGGCUCGUCCAAAGACAGCGACAGUCAAGGCAGCGGGCUUUUGGGCCAGCUCUCUGCCAAUAUCAUCGACCCUAUUGCAUCCAUUGCUGCCGAUCCGACCUCUAUUAUCGCGCAUCCCACUGCUGCCCUGAUUGACCUCCAGAGUCAAGUCUCCUCCCUUCUCGAUGGCCUGCCAUCAGCAGUCGCUGCCGGCGUCCAACUGGCAAGCAACGUUGGGGGACAGAUCGCCGGUGCUCUCGAUGCAACGACAGAGGUUCUAGACAGCGUUCCAGCCGUUGCUAAUGGCGUGGCUGAGCAAGUUGGCUCUCUGCUCAAUGCCGCUCCCAACCUUGCCACAGGCCUUCCUGCUGCCGCUCUCUCUGUGGUCAACCAGGUGGAGUCCGUCCUCGCCCCUAUCCCGGACCUUGGUAGUGAUGUCGCUGGGAUCCUCCGUGGUAUGAGAGAAGAACUGUCCUCGGCUGCAGCCAACGCUUUGCCAGAAGUGACGUCCCUCGCUGCAAUAGUGGGGAGCCAGGUCGUGAGCAAUCUCCCACCUGUGCUCCAAGGCCCUGUGCAAGGAGUGGUGUCAGAUCUCCAGAACGACAUAACCUUUUCCUACUUCGCCACUACCUCUCGCCUCCGUUUUGUCAUCUUUGGGCUCGUCAUUGAUGACUGCCGAAACUGCUGUCGCCUCUGGUGUCGACCCUCUUGCGAGUUCUGCUUUGUCCGAUCUCUCGUCAUUGUUCAGUCAAAUAUCGGCUCUUUCCCUGACGGCUGCACUGACAUCUUCGACUCAACCUACGCCUUCAACAGCCAGCGAUCCGAGUUUAGCUACAGCGACCAGCACCAGCCAGCACCCCGAGCCAUCAGACUUCGCGGUCGGAACUGGCCUUGUGGUUUCAGAUGGUUCCACGGCAGCGAAUCAUCACAACACAACUUCGGCCGGACCGAAUACGGCGCGUAG